UCCUACUUGGAAUUGACCAGCCAGUUGAAACAAAUGUGAACCAAAGUGAACGUCUGUGAACUAGUCUCCGCCAACUUGGCUGCGAGCUCAUUUUUCAACGAAGGAGUAACAUCCGGAUCUUUAACCUAGCUGACAAGAUGAAGCUUCUCAUCAACGCCCUGCCACUUGUGGCCGCUCUGGUUCUGUGUGGAACGCUGCUCGACGCCCGACCUGCGAAAGUGCAACGUCCCCAGCGUCGGUCGGAAGAUGACAGCAUGAGCGAGGAUGUCAGCUCCCUCGACUCUAUGUCUAGUACAAGUGGCUCCAUAGACUCCAUGUCCGUCGACUCAGUUGAUUCUGUGGAUUCAGUUGCUUCUGUGGACUCAGUCGAUUCCAUGGACUCCGACGAGGACACAAAGAGAGAGGAUUCGGAAGAUGGCGUUGCCGGCGACGAUGACUCUUCUGCCGACUCGUCUGCGGACUCUGUCGACUCCUCUGCUGACUCUUCGGCUGAUUCAAGCGAUGGUGACAGUGUUGACGACAAGAGAAGGAAGAGAAGACAGGAGGAUAGUAUUGGUGAUGAUAAUGACUCCAGUGCUGAUGAAGAUGAAUCGGAUUCGACCGAUGAUAGCUCCUCUGGUGACUCCUCUGGAGACUCGGUCGAUUCUUUGGAUUCAGUGGCCUCUGUCGACGGUAAGAGGAAGAGGCGACAGAGCGAGGAUGACUCAGCUAGCGAUGAUGUGUCGUCGGCAGACUCUUCGGACGCCGAUUCCUCGGCUGACUCUUCGGACGCCGAUUCCUCGGCUGACUCUGUCGACGAUUCCUCUGCCGACUCUAUCUCUGCAGACUCCAAGUAAUCGGCACUGUACUCAUGCAUAAAACACCCAAGUCAAACCAUGCAGUAACUAUCUCACCAUCCCGCUAUCCCCAAAUACUAUUCCGGAGAUUAAUCACUGGCACAGCCGAAAUAUAAUUAUAACAAAAAGUAUCAACUGCUCUAUACGCCCUGUACGUUUUCGCUCUAUUCCCGCAAUGCCUUGCGCACUAUCUACGCAUGUUUGACUGUAUUGAUGAUACCGUUAUGAUGAUACCGUUAUGAUCCCUCUCCGGUGAUUAUUGCUCUUUACAAAGCCUAUCAAGCCAACGAUGUAACAACUUAUAAGGUAUGCUAUAGGAUAUAACACAUCUGCUAUCUCCCCAGUGCAUGUAUGUCUAUAAUGAUCAUCCACAAUUUCUUUGUGCAGCGCGAAAGUAACACAUCUAUCUAACUUCGA